CUGAUCGAGGGACCAAUCUUUUAAAAGGCUGGUGUGAAGGACACGAGGUUCCUUUUUCGCUCGUGCGCUCUCUCUGAAUCAUUUCCUACUUCCGUCCGACAACAGUGCUCCCCGAAAGCUGUGAUUCUAGAUCCGCCAGACUCGGAUUAACGUCGCAUCGCUUGGUCUAUCUUACACGUGACACCAGAGGUGCAGCGAAGUGCGGAUAACCACGCUCUAAUCGAAGAGAUCAAUCAUUGCUUACCUUUGUGCAUCGUGAACCCCGAGGAGAAUUUGGGAAAUCUUAAAAGAAAAAAGAUGGAAAAACAGCAACCAACCACUUCACAUGGAACACGCAGGACAACUAGAAUGGAUCCUAGUAAUAUACAAUCAGAUUUGGCAUUGGUAGCUUUGUUGAAAUGCCCAAUUUGUCAUGAUUACAUGAGUCCACCUAUACAUCAAUGUACAGAGGGACAUUUGGUAUGUUCCAACUGUUGGAAAUGGGUCCGUCGAUGCCCCACUUGUCGAAGAAUAUUAGGAGAUUAUCAGAAUGCUACCUUAGAAAAGUUAGCAGAGGCCAUCUCACUCCCUUGCCGGUUUGCAGAAAAUGGAUGCCAGGAGAGACAUAUUCUCAAGGACAGGAGGAUACAUGAGAAAAAUUGCAAAUACAAAACUUGCUCAUGUCCCUCACUUGACACCUCAUGUUAUUGGGAGGGAACCUAUCCCCAAAUUCUUCCCCAUGUUGCAGAGAAACACACAACUAUGAUAAAAUUAAACUAUCAUACCAUCAACAUGAUUAUCAUUGGAUUAGAAUUGUCGCAGACUUUAAGAUGGACCACACACCUUACUUGUUAUCACCAUGACUUCAUUGUACAAAUAGUUAAGACAGCAUCAGAUGAUGAUCUUUAUUUCUUAUAUGCCAUUAUCCGGUUCAUUGGAAACGAAAAAGAAGCAGCACACUUUAAAGGACUUAUUGAAAUCUCAGGGAGAGGUAAAACAGUGACUUGGGAGUCAGUUCCUCACAGUAUCAUGGAUGACAUCUCAGCCAUAAUUCAAAAUGGGGAUUGUCUGAUGCUCUCAUCAGAAAUGAUAAACCAUUUUCUAGAGAACCAAAUCCUCUCCUUAACAGCAAAGAUUAACUGUGUGAGACAAGGGGAGACCAAUUCAUCUCCCCAAUCAGAAGACCAGAUGAAAUAAGUGCACACAGAAAAAAAAAAUAAUAGUUAGUUUUCUUUCUAUAAAUUCUCUAAAGCCAGCUCAAAAUUUUACAUUUGCAAAAUGUAAAAUUAGUAGCUCCAACUUUUUUGCUCAUCCUUAUUCUGUUCUCUCUCUGCAGGACAAGAUGGCCAAAGAAUCCCACAUAAAUAGGAGCUACAAGCAAAUGUUUGAAGCACAUAUCUCAACAACAUUGGCAAGAGCAAAAACUGCAAUGAUUGACCAAGAACUGAUUAGAAAUGUAAUAGGGAAGUUCCAAUCUGGAAGGCCCUAUCAAAAACUGGAAAUAAUUGUUUUACCAGUGGGAAUUCUGGUUCCUAAUGAGAUACAAGAAGAAAUUGACCUGAUAAAUGCCACUACAAUAAGUAAGCUGGAGAAUGAUUUAAGAGAGCUCCAAAUGAACAGAAUAAUCCAGAACUUUCAGAGACCCCAAGUGGAACCCCCUAAUCAUAAUAGAAGAGCUAGAGGUCGAGGAAGAGGUUUAACAUCUCUGCCAAACCAAUGAAUUACCAGGUAUGCAAAGGGUAAAACUGGAUAAACCUAUCUUAGUAUGUUCCAUGUCUAAUAGUCAGAAAAAGAAAAAAGAAAGGAGAAAAACCCAAAUUGUCUCAUACAAAAAAAAGUGGAAAAUUUAAAAUUUAUGUCAU